AUGAGAUUAAAGAAAGAGUUGCUCCGACAACAAUGCGACCUAGGAGCCGACCCAUACGAGGUUCCAGAAGUUGGGAGGGAGGGAUAUGAGAGCAGUGUUGUAGAGACCAGCCAAGCGUCUGAGGUGCCGGCGGCAGCGCGGAAUAAUCCGCAGCAACAUGUCCCAAAUCCAAUUCUCUUCCAGCGAGACACUCACCGUCUUGACGCUCCGUAUCCCACAAACGCCUGCAGCAUGCUUCGCAAUUCGCAACGGCAGGUCAUUCGCCGCUGCGCCAACAUCCGUCAUCUGUCCAGCUCUGCCCCGUGUCGGGACAACGGAGCAGCCCUAGAUCCAGCGGCUACCAAAAUAGCUGCACGGGUCACAUCACCAACGCGCAGACCUAGAACAGAUGAUUUUGGAGGAAUCUCUAUCCCUCCUCAAAACAGGCGUCCGUUCAACAACGCACGACAAGGGGCAGAAAGGAACUCCAACUCGGACGUGCGUUCGGCACAACGCAGCCCUCGUACCGGAGACAACAACAACCGCCCUAGACGUCGCGCGCCCGCACAACUCGGCUGGGGAGAUGACCUCGUCUCCGAACAGAGUCUCGCCUCGCGCUUGUGGAGUCGUCAGCAAAUUGAUGAACCGGCUGCUAACGCCUCUACCUCUAACUCCCGUUCGACCACCUCCGGACUUCCUACCACUCCCAAGCAGUCGCCAUUUUCGCCAUCCACCCGAGACACGCCCCGGAAAGCCAAGAUGGUACGCACACCCAACGAAGUAGAAGCGGUACAGAGUAAGCAGACGAGUGAGACGGUGGUGGUACCCAAAUCGAAGGCUUCUGCAAGCAGGAGUGUGACCUCUGAAGCGCUCAAUACGAAGCCUUCACAGUCCAACAAAGCGGAGCAUCCAGUCCAGAUGGUCGAUCUCGCGUCCACAAACUUGACGUCUCUUUUCGCUACGCCUGUCCCCAAGGUCCAAACUUUAGCGCCAAGUCUUAAAGGCCUUCAAUUGCGCGACGUAUACGAGCGCAGGUCAGGCGACUAUACGCGGUUCGCGUCUGGACAAGUCAUCCGGAAGACAGCUCGCAAGGCGCUCGAACCCGUUCGUUAUGCCCGACAUGUGUUGGGUUUCAGCAGGCACUUGAGCUUGAAGCAAAGGGUGAAAGCGGUGAAGGUCAUUGAAAGCGUGGUUCCCUAG